UUCUUUCUCCUCUCCUCUCCUCCUCCCCAUUCCUCUCACCUCAAACAUGACUUCACUGUCGGGGACUAAGGAGAGGUCUGUGAGCAGCCGGAGCAGAAAAUAUGGGGUGCCUGACACAUCCCCAACCAAAUCUUCCUCCUUCUUUCCGGACACAUGGUACCGAAAGGCCUACGAUGAAACCACCCGCUCCAGUACACGCCCCGCUCCAGAGGGUGCUGGCUCCAUGCCCAGCUCCACAGGAACCCCAUCCCCAGGCUCAGGAAUCUCCUCACCAGGAUCCUUCUCUGGAUCACCUGGGACCAUCUCCCCAGGCAUUGGGACAGGAUCACCUGGUUCCCUAGGUGGCUCCCCGGGUUUUGGGACAGGAUCGCCGGCCUCAGGCAGUGGAAGUUCUCCUGGAAGUGAAAGAGGGAUAUGGUGUGAGAACUGCAAUGCAAGGCUGACAGAGCUGAAACGUCAGGCACUGAAAUUGCUCAUCCCUGGACCUUACUCAAGCAAGGAUCCCUCAUUCUCACUUCUCCUCCAUGAUAAACUUCAGGUGCCCAACAGUUCUCGCCGGGCGUGGAAUGAGCGUGACAGUCGCUGUGAUGUGUGCGCCACUCACCUCACUCAACUCAAACAGGAAGCUGUGCGUGUGGUUCUGACUCUUGACCAGUGGGAUUUGUCUCCCACCUCUUCUCCUCCAGCCCUGAGUGGACGAUAUGGAUCUCAAGCACCUCCGGGUACAAUGGGAGCAUCAGGAGCACCAGGAGGUCCUCUGUCACGUGAAUGGCCUCCUUUUCUUCCUUCCUCUUCCUCCCCCUCAGCUGCUGCUGCUGCUGCUGCUGCUGUUUCACAACCUCCUCACACAUCCUCACAAUCCCCUUCUCCAAUCCCCAGCCAGACUCCAACACCAAGCCCAAGCCAUGGAUCAUGCAGCUCACAACCUCAAGGUGCAGGGCACAGACUGGGGUCCAAGCCCAGCUCUCUGGGCCUUGGAAGUGGAGUGGACAGAAGAAAUGGGUCCCCUAGUUCAGGAAAACCAGCUGGUGGCCAGCAGCAGCCAGUGACUGGAGUAAACAGCCCUGUAAAUAAUGGGGGUAGCAGCAGUAAUAAUGGGAGUGGAGCAGUACUGAGUACAGCAGCUCUGCAGGCACAUCAGCACCUGAACAGAACGAAUGGAGGAGUCACACUCUAUCCGUAUCAGAUCUCCCAGAUGAUCUCAGAGACCUCCAGAGAGGGAAUUACUGAAGCUGCCCUGAACCGCUACAACACACACUCACCCUCGCACACAAAUUCGUCAUCACAUACAAACUCUCCCUCUCACACUCCAGCUGCAACCACCACAGCACCGACCGCCACCUCCGCCGCUGCCUCUUUCUUUGCCAGAGCUGCACAAAAAUUGAGCUUAGCAUCCAAAAAGAAGAAGCAGAAGACAGCGGCAGUCACAGCCCCAGUGACAUCGUCAUCGCCAUCAUGUGACCCGCCUCUCUUCCCCACCAAUUUUAGCUCCACGCUGUUAAUGGCCCCUCCCCCGGCUCCACCCUGCCUCCUUCGUGCAGCGAACAAGAUCAAAGAUACACCCGGGCUUGGAAAGGUGAAAGUGAUGGUGCGAGUUUGCCCGGUGUCUCAGUCUGAUGCAGCUGAGUCCAGUUCCUUUCUCAAAGUGGAUCCCAGGAAGAAACAAAUCACCAUCAUGGACCCUUCAGCAAAUCAGACACAAAGUGCUGCCUCUCAGAAACGGGCCGGAGCAAAUCAGGUCCCACCAAAGAUGUUCACCUUUGAUGCAGCCUUCCCUCCUGAUGCAUCACAGGCGGAGGUGUGCGCGGGAACAGUUGCUGAAGUUAUUCAGUCGGUGGUGAACGGAGCAGAUGGCUGUGUCUUCUGCUUUGGACACUCCAAGCUGGGUAAAUCUUACACAAUGAUUGGCCGUGAUGACUCGCUUCAGACUCUGGGUAUAAUCCCUUGUGCCAUUUCCUGGUUGUUUAAGCUCAUCAAUGAGAGGAAGGAGAAAACUGGAGCACGCUUCUCUGUCCGCGUCUCUGCUGUCGAGGUUUGGGGGAAAGAGGAGAACCUUAAGGACUUGCUGUCUGAAGUGGCCACAGGCAGCUUACAGGAUGGGCAGUCACCUGGGGUCUACCUGUGUGAGGACCCCAUCUGUGGCAUGCAGCUGCAGAACCAGUCUGAGCUCCGUGCUCCAACACCAGAAAAGGCAGCCUGGUUCCUGGAUGCAGCUAUAGCAGCUCGCCACAGUAGCCAACGCCCCAACACCACAGAAGAAGAGCACAGGAAUUCACAUAUGCUCUUUACAUUACACAUAUACCAGUAUCGCAUGGAAAAGACAGGCAAAGGAGGAAUGUCAGGAGGUCGCAGUCGCCUCCACCUGCUGGAUCUGGGCAGCUGUGAUGUUAAAGUACUCGGAGGAGGAGGUGGUGGGAAAAGCAGGGAGAACUCUUCACCCAGCUCGGCUCCGCUGUGCCUUUCUCUAUCUGCCCUCGGCAAUGUGAUUCUGGCCCUGGUCAAUGGGAGCAAACACAUCCCAUACAAGGACAGCAAGCUGACCAUGUUGCUAAGGGAGUCGCUAGGCAACAUGAACUGCCGGACCACCAUGAUUGCUCACAUCUCUGCCUCACCUAGAGAUUUCUCAGAAACCCUCUCUACCAUUCAGAUUGCUUCCCGGGUGCUCCGUAUGAAAAAGAAGAAAACUAAAGUCACAGUGCAAUACACAUCCAGCUCCUCUGGGGGAGAAAGCUCCUGCGAGGAGGGUCGCAUGCGUCGUCCGACCCACUUGCGACCUUUCCAUCAUCGUGGUGACCCUGACUCUGACCUUCCAUUGCUGCGACUCUCCAGUGACCCUGACGAAUACUCCAGCAGUGAGCAGUCAUGUGACACAGUGAUCUAUGUGGGUCCAAAUGGAGCUGCUGUGUCAGACAGAGAGCUAACGGACAAUGAGGGACCGCCAGAAUUUGUACCAAUUAUUCCUGCAUUACUUCGAGGAAAAACUUCAGAGCAGCAUCAAACACAAAGCCAAAGUCAGGCAACUGGAGCACAGAACAAGGUGCAGUCUCAGCCUGACGAGCAGCCCAGUGCUCCCUCUCAGCCCCUGUCGCAGGCCUCCCAGUCUCUACUUGGUCAGCCGCUGGCCCCUGUCCCAGAGGAAGGAGCUGAAUGCCUGAAGUGCAACACGUUUGCUGAGCUGCAGGAGAGACUGGACUGCAUCGAUGGCAGCGAGGAGGUGGCAAAGUUUCCCUUUGAAGAGGCUCCAGCUAUCAAACAAGGGGUCAAACAAGAGCCAUGCGCAUCUUCAUCUGUUUCCACUGCUGCUCCUGCUCCAGCCCCUACAGCUGUGUUGGAUAAAGAAGCUAAAACAGGACCUGCAUGUGGUGUAGGAGGUGCCGUGCAGGUCUCCAGGAGGAGGACCAAUGACCAGCAGCUGCAGGAGAUCAAGGAGGUGGUGGAGGAGGCAGAGUUGGCCCAGACAAUGAUCCACAGCCUGACUCAGAGUUCUGGUAGCCCAACAGUGACGAGUACCAGAAGCAUUACAGGAAGCAGCAGCAUCACCUCUAACCCAUUGCACAGAGCCAAGAGUUCCCACCUACAUGAUAGUCGCGAGAGUCUGAAUGUGGUGGGUGGCAAUUCCGAUGGGAAGGCACGCCCUCUUGGAUCACCGCGCCUUGGUAUUGCCAGCCUGACCAAAACCUCAGAGUACAGGCCUCCAUCUUCCCCAUCCCAGCGGUGUAAAGUGUAUACCCAAAAGGGUGUAAUGCCAGCAAUGCAGCCUCUAUCCUCAAACACUCAGGAAGGCCAGGCCGUGGAUGCUUUGACCUCAGACAACAGUUUAGCUGCAGACAGCGGUCGUUCCUCCACAGAGUCCCUGCUGUCCAGGACUUCUCCUGCAGGCAUGAGCCCACAAGUCCGUGAGCCAACUCCAUCUUUAUCUGCCAGCCUGGGCUCAGCUGAGACACUCUGUGAUGAUGAUGUACCACCUAUACCUUUGGAUAGCAAGGAUGUCUCGGGACUGGCAGCAUCUGCAGGACCUCUUGUAAUUGGGGAGGAUGAACUGGUGUACACUGUGGUUACUGGAGGUGAGGAGGACCUUGACAUUACUGCUCUCAUUGAGAAUGAGGGCUUGGCCGGUCGUCCAGUGAGCAUCAUUAGCUUCAACAGUGACUGCGGCUCUGCAACUGCCCUCGUUACAGGCUCUCAACCUAUCAGUACUGCUUUAGAUGGAGCUGUGGAGGAUCACAUGCUUGCAGGUCCUGCAGCAUCUUCAGGGGUUACAGACGUUGUUGCCAUGGCAGAGGUGGCAAUGGCCAAGCUGCGGAUAGAAGGUGAAGCCUUAGCCACAGCAAGGUCAAACUGUGGUUCACCCAUCUCUUCAUGGGUGAGUGAUCUGAGCAUGGGCAGUGAAGCUGAUCAGUCGCUCCACAGCUUCAGCCAGUCCCAGAGCCAACAAGGGGAGGCACUGGCUGAUCCUGAUCCCAACCAGAGCUUUGGAGUUGAGGGGCUGGGUGGCUAUGAAAGUGGUGGCAGCCCAAGAAGAGGAAGUCUGGAAGGAGAACUGGUGCUGUCAGAGAACCUGUGUGAUAAGGGUACUCCAACUAAAGACAGGCUGAGAAAACUUCCUCCAUCUAUGGCUAAAACUAACAUCCAAAUUCUGGCAGGACCUGGUAACCUUUCCCCUUUCAAGAGCAACAUCACUAUUUACCCGUGUGCAACUGUCAAACCCAUGGUCGUCCAGGAAUCCACCAUCCUCUCACCUACGAAGGCCAGCUUAAUGAAAGAUCCAGUCAAAUCCAAUGCAGCAUUUAUAGCUUCUAUUUCAAGUGAGAUGAAUUUUGAAGACCCCUGGUUGAAACGUGGCACAGAGGAGGGAAAGUCCAGGGAGGUUGUGUGUGAAGGGAAACUAGAGAAGAGGGAGACAGAGCAUUCAAAGAGCCACUCAGUAGAUAAGGGUAAUGCUGGGAGUGGGGAUCGUGGUAGCUCCAGUUCAGGAGGUGAGGUGGUCUCAUCGCCAGACUCCUUUAAGCGAGUGGUGGAUGGUUGUGAGAUGGUUGCUAUUGUUGCCCAAGGUGAAUGCCUGACUAGCAUUUACAGUCCAGAUAUCCACCGUACAGCCAGUCUUCCACGCGGAUGGCACCGUGUCAACCGCCAUGACGGCUUAGACAAUGGAAGCGAGUACCGUAAUCUUGGAGUCACCACUUCAACUCCCUGCAGUCCCCGUGCUACACUUGAUCGCUGGGGAUCAAAUGGAAAACAGGGUUUUUUCUCUCACAAAAAGGGGGGAAUCCCACCACUGCCGCCUGUACGAAAGUCCAGUCUAGACCAGCGGAACAGGGCAGCCAGCCCUCUCCAGCAAACCAGUCAUGGAGUCUCAUCACAGGGGAACUCGGCAGAUGAUGCAGGCGUAUCUGGAUGUGGCCCUGCAGGAGCAACUCGACAGAGAGGCUCCAGCAUAGACAGUAGUAGGCUUUUCAGUGCCAAGUUGGAGCAGCUUGCCAACAGAACCAACUCUCUGGGUCGAGUCCACAGCUCACACAGUGGUUCCCAUCACUACGACUGCUUUUCCUUAGAGAGAGGUGAGAGUCUUAGAGGGGGAGGAGGAGUGAAGGGUGAUAGCACCAUGCCUCGCACUGGACGCAGCCUCACCCGUGCUGGAUCAAUAUCUUCUUCUUCUGGAAACACCAGCAGCCUUUUCAGUGGCAGUACUGGUCCAAGCAGUGCUCCACAGUCACCAGCUAAGACCAGCAGUCAGUCAAAGAUCUCAGCAGUUAGUAAGCUGCUGAUGACCAGCAGUCCCAAGGCCAGGAGUCUGUCUGCCUCCAGCACCAAGACUUUGAGCUUCUCUACUAAGUCUUUAAGCCAAACAUCCAGCCGGAGCUCCAGCCUUCCUCCUAAUGGAAAGCCCCAGAGUUCAGUCCAGGGCCCUGUGCAGCAGCAGGGACCUGCCCCUGGAACCUGGUCUACCCAGUCUCUCAGCCGAAGUCGAGGGGGGAGUCUGGCUGCUAAGCUUCCUCUCCGAGCUGUCAACGGUCGAAUCUCAGAGCUCCUCCAGGGGAGUGCAGGCUCCCGUUCCAGGAGUCAUGUCCAGGGAGGAGGCACAGAUCCAACAGAGGAAAGAGGGGCAAGUGGAGGAGCUGCUGGAGCAGGAGGUGGUGGUGGAGAUAGCCUGGGAGAGGAGAGGGCAGCAGUGGUACAAACACUUCCCUCUCCCUACAGCAAGAUCACAGCUCCCAGAAAACCACACCGCUGCAGCAGCGGCCACGCUAGUGACAACAGCAGUGUACUGAGUGGUGAGCUCCCUCCGGCCAUGGGGAAGACGGCUUUGUUUUACCACAGUGGAGGCAGCAGUGGCUAUGAGAGCAUGCUGAGAGACAGCAGUGAGAACACGGGAAGUACCUCCUCUGCUCAGGACUCUCUCAGUGAGCACAGCUCAGCCACCACCUCCUCCCGACGGAGCUCCAGAAGCAGCAAGAAAAGCAGGAGCAACACAGGUCUCCAGCGUCGACGUCUGAUCCCUGCACUAACCUUGGACUCCUCUUCUUCAUCACCUUCUCACCGUUCCUCCAAACAAGCCAUCACUUCCUCUUCUUCCUCCUCCUCCAGCCCUGGUGCAUGCUGGGUCGAUGGGCCACUUGGGCCCCCUGCGCCCUCAAAUCUCCGGGGUGCGACUGCAGCAGCAGAAACCUUUGAGAUCAAGGUGUAUGAGAUAGAUGAUGUCGAACGGCUGCAAAAAAGGAAGGACAAAGGAGGGAGCAAGGAGGUGGUGUAUGUCAGUGCCAAGCUUCGUCUGUUGGAGCACCGCCAGCAGCGAAUCAGUGAAGUCAGAGCCAAGUAUCAGUGUCUCAAGAAAGAACUGGAACAAACCAAACAAUACUUGAUGCUGGAGCCACACAAGUGGACCACUGAGUUUGAGCUGCAGCAGGUCUAUGAAGUGGACUCACUGGAGUAUUUGGAGGCUCUGGAAACAGUGACAGACAAACUGGAGACCAGAGUCAACUUCUGCAAAGCCCAUCUUAUGAUGAUUACCUGCUUUGAUGUGUCCUCAAGGCAUCGGUAGACAGCUGGAGGGACGGAGAGCUGAAGGAUGGAGAGGUGGACUCAGUUUGAUGUUGAUGUUUAGACCCUUUGCCUGCUGACUAAUCAAACACAUGUAGAAAAUCUCUAACUACAACCGGAUAAUUGGAAGGACAGACACAGGGAUAGACUGACCACAUAAUCCUGCAUGUUAUUCCUGUGUCUUGUCCAGAUGUCAGUAGGCAGAAGGACAGAUGGUUGCAUAGAUAGGAUGGAGCUGUACGGAGGUAAAUUAAAAGAAACACAGAGAGACAAGAUCUGUAGAUUUGUGUGCUGGGGCUUGGUAACAAAUUCAGAAACAGACAUUAAAUAUUAUCUAAUGGACAGGCUACUUUGAAUCAGAGAAAUAAAGCUGCCCAAACAGUGUAUGAGUCUAAAAAGAAAUGUCAAACCAAGUAACCAGAGAUCAAAGUAAUUGGACUGUAGAGACACCUCUAAGACUGAGUUGAACUUUAAAGAAUGUACCGAGAGCGAACGAGGCAAUAGCUGAACAAAAACUGCCUUUUUUUUUUUUUUUAAACGGAGAAAGCUGAAGAAGAGGUGAAAGAGAAGAGAAGAACAAUUUCACAUCUCCCAUCAUUUUGGAACAACAUUUUUUAAAGUUUACAUGGUUAAAGCCUUUGGUUGUAAAUACGGAGUGCCGACUACAGAAUCGCCUGGUGGUGUUGUGCAGCAAAUAAAAGAGACUAACCAAGAGAAUGACAAGAGGACAAAGGAAAUGAUUUAGAAGUGCCUUGUGAAUAUUUCAACAAUACCAAGACCAGUUCUCCUUCUCUCUGAAUUUUGUGUACAUGCAGUAAGUAUGGUGCUAGUCUAGAAAAACCCAGAAAAGAUCAGUGUCCUUGGAAAAUCUUUUAAUUUUUAGUCUUUUCUAAGUGUGGUGUUUUACCGUGGGUCAGUGUUUCACUUUAUAAUAAACAAAAUAAUAAGUUUUUUCAAUCUAUGGUCUUUGGUACAUUGAUUAGAGAUCAGAGAAACUAAAAAAAGUUAAAGUGGACCUGUUAUGCUCAUUCCUAGCUCUUCACAUUUAUUCUUAGACUCUAUUCGAGUCGCUUUACAUGAGUCGCAGCUCAAAAUAAUCCUCAUUUAUCUUAUACUGGGCUUAUUAUAAGGAUGAACUGAGUGGAGUGUAAUACUCCACUCAGUUCAUCCUCUGUGUGAAAAAGACCAAUGUAGUUCUUCUUAUAGCCAACUUUCUUCUGAUUGGCUGCCCCUUGCAAACAGAAGGACUGAACAGCAGGCGGGUGAGGUUGCAUUCCUGAGACGAUCAUAUGAAGAAUAUCUGCUCUCACUGUCAUCAACUCCUUUUACUUCAUAAACGAUCCAUUAUGAAAUGGCCCCUGCACUUCUGACUCACAGGGAUAACUUACACAUUCAAUGAACUAAUUAUCUGAAUGAUCAUGUUUAAUAUGAGCAUUCACCAUUAUAAACAUGAAUAUAUGACAGAAAAUAAGGAAAAGCAUAAUAGGUCCCCUUUAAAGGAAAACUACAAAUUAAUAUAAUUAAAUUGUUGGAAGGACCAAAAAUCUAAACUGAAAAACUUACAUGAUUUUUUUAGGACACAAAGUUAUGUGUGUUUAAACAAAAACAUUGAAUCUGGUUUAUUGUGGUGUUGUUUUUUUUUACCUUGCCUUUUCUCACAAACAGAGCACAUUUGACUUUUGGCCCUUCGGGGCAUUCAUACACAAUGUUUUCCCUGAGAGGGAUUUUUAAUGUUCACAAAGAUAUGAAAUGUCCACUGGUAAUGGAGAUGAAAACGCUUCUAUCUGAUCCGGUGUUAAAUACAACCAUCGACUGACUCCCUCCCUGCCUGACUGACUGACAGGCAGUCUGUCUGUUAUUUGUAUCUGUGUUGUUCUACUCUAUUCUAAAAGAAACCGAAUGAUUUGUCAUUGUGUGUGAUUUAAAAUAAAGUAUCCUUUUUUAUUUGAGUGCAAUGGGACCAUGUAGAGACUAUGUAUGAUAGUAGAUGUUAGCAGGAUAAUGGAAAUCUGAAGAGAUAUUUAUAGGUAAAUUGUGAGAAGCACACAGAUGCAGGAUAAAUCCAUUGGCAUACUGUGUUUUCAUUUUAAUGGAACAAAGUAGUGGAUUUAGGCAAUAUGUUGGGACUACAAUUAUAGGCUGUUUAAACAGUUCCAGUAUCCUUAACAUUGUAAAGGACAAUUAAAUUAUAUUAAAGAUUAAAGGAACCUAGUUAAAUAGGGAGAAAACUAGUUUAAAAGGCAUAGAUCUCUGCCUGGUUCCACUUUUUGGAUGGAUAGCAACUCUUAAGAUUUGUUAGUAUUAUCUAUGGUGCUUGAGAUGCUUAUGAUCUAAAUGUUUGUACAAAUAUAAAUAUAUGAAAAAGCCCAAUUCCCUCUGAAAUACAAAACAACGCCCUUCAAAUGCUUCUUCUACAUCACCGUCAUCACGCCUGUUGUCAAGCAGAGAGCAUUCUGGGAGUGCGAAUUGAGAGCAGUGGAAAUUAUGUCAUUGUAUUGAUACAAUUUGUCAAAAGCGUUGUAGUGCUAAAAUGUUCUCACUGCUAACAGCAUGAACUCAGAAUCUUUCACUGAAACUGAAAAUACACUUAAUUCUGUGAAGUUUUGAUCUUCACGACAUGAAUGAGGUAACAGCGACUAAUUUCGUGUAGAGCACACUGACAGGAAUGGCCGUGACAUAAUCUAGUGAGAAAUUACCCUUGAGACCAAUACAUGUUUGACAAACUAAAGAGUCUUGUUUUGUUUUUUGUUUUUUUUUAACCAGAGGCAUCUCUGAUCAUUUCCUGUUUUUAUCCCCGUGUUCAUCGUGCAAGUCAUGAAUGAAAGUUUAUUUAUUUGAGUCGCUAAUUAAUGUUCUUAUUUAUGUACACCUUAUGAUCUUAAAGAGUUACUAUGCAUUGAUGAACAAGAAAAAUAACUGUACAUACUUUGCUGAGCCCAUUUCAUAUAUAAAUAUAUAUACUGUG